CCGAUCACUGUCAUACCCCCCACACUCCUCUCCUGUACAUACCGAUCACUGUCACACCUCCACACUCCUCUCCUGUACAUAUCGAUCACUGCCAUACCCUCCACACUCCUCUCCUGUACAUACCGAUCACUGUCAUACCCUCCACACUCCUCUCCUGUACAUACCGAUCACUGUCAUACCCUCCACACUCCUCUCCUGUACAUACAGAUCACUGUCAUACCCUCCACACUCCUCUCCUGUACAUACCGAUCACUGUCAAACCCUCCACACUCCUCUCCUGUACAUACCGAUCACUGUCAUACCCCCCACACUCCUCUCCUGUACAUACCGAUCACUGUCAUACCCCCCACACUCCUCUCCUGUACAUACCGAUCACUGUCAUACCUCCACACUCCUCUCCUGUACAUACCGAUCACUGUCAUACCCCCCACACUCCUCUCCUGUACAUACCGAUCACUGUCAUACCCCCCACACUCCUCACCUGUACAUACC